AUGGCUUGUCGACUGAAAACGGAUUUUCGUCUUCAUGACAUCUGCAUAUAUGAUCGACAAGAGGGACUUGGAGGUGCAUGGUGGGCUAAUACUUAUCCGGGCUGUGCCGUGGACAUCCCCGGAUUCUGUUACAGCUUCUCCUUUGCGCCGAACCCCGAUUUCACCAAAUUGUUUCCUUCUCAAGCGGAGAUCUUGGACUGUUUGGCAAAUGUCGUCAAACAAUACGGGAUUGGCGAUCAUUUUAUCGGAGGAAUAGAAUGGAUUGAUGCUACGUGGAAUGAACAAACACAAACGUGGCUGGUCACAUUACGUGAUAUACAGAAUGAUCGAUUGUUCACUCAAGAAUGUCAGACUUUGAUAUCCGCAGUGGGUGGAUUAGUCAAUCCACAAGAGCUGAAAAUACCAGGUGUCGAACGAUUCCAAGGUGAUAUCAUUCACACAGCCCGUUGGGAUGCAACCGUUGAUCUCAGCAACAAGCAUGUCGCUGUUAUAGGCAAUGGAGAGUCAUAUUGGGAUCUUCUGAUUCCCAAAUACGAGUUUGGGUGCAAGAGACGAAUUUUUGACCGUGGAUACCUGGCUAGUCUCUGGCAGAGCAACAUGCGCCUAACAGAUGACCCAAUUGUGAAAAUCACCGCCAAUUCCAUUAUUACUCGGUCUGGAGAAGAGCUAUUCGUCGACGCGAUUCUACUAGCGAAUGGAUUUGCUCUUACACACUACGAUACCAAUCUGAAAGGUCGGAAGGGAAUCACACGCCAGCAACAUUGGAAUAAAUACGGCCACAAAGCAACUUUCAAAACGAUUGCUAUGCAUGGAUUUCCUAAUUUCUUUUACAUUCUCGGUCCUAAUUCUGGACGGCUACACACAUCCACAAUCCAGAUCAUUGAAAGUCAAGUGGAAAUGGUGACCAACCUCAUGAGACCCAUUUUAUUGAAACAGGCUUCUUCAGUCGAGGUCAAAGCGAUCAGUCAGCGAGAGUUUGAUGUACAACUGCAUGAAGCCAUUGAUAAGACUGUGCAUAGUGCCGCCUGCGGAAGUGUGAGUUUUUGGCCCCAAUAG